AUGCCUAGAGUAAAUAGGAUACAUACAACAGGAUAUAAAAAAAUCACAGUUAAAGUGGAGUCACGAAUAACUAUUCUAUUUUCAGUUGGUUAUGCUGAUUCAGUAAGAAGCCUGAACAUGAUCCUAGCCAUGUUAGAUGUCCUAUGCUCUUUUGCAACAGUGUCAGUAACUGCCAGAGUUCCUUACAGGCGUCCAGUUCUGAAACCUGCUUCAGAAGGCGUUCUGAAACUGAGCAAAGUCCGUCAUCCAUGUUUGGAGAACCAAGAACACGUGUCUUAUAUUCCAAACGACGCGGAAUUUGAUAAGAACGACAAGUUCUUCUUUGUCAUAACCGGACCUAAUAUGGGAGGCAAAAGUACUUACAUUAGGUCUAUAGGUGUAGCUGUGCUUAUGGCCCAUAUUGGCUGUUUUGUACCUUGCGAUUUCGCAGAAAUCUCUCUAGUCGACGGAAUUCUUGCCAGGGUUGGUGCAGACGACUGCCAACUCAAAGGGUUGUCUACUUUUAUGCUGGAGAUGGUAGAGACAUCCACAAUACUUAAGUCUGAUAAACCGAUGACACAACGGGGCAACGGUAAGGGGAACAUAGCUUUCUAA